CCCAGUGUGAUACUGUGUGUCUAUUUUGAGUUGUGUGUCUAAACACACAAUAAAAUCUAGGAAAAUGCUUGGGCAUGUGUUUUAUGUGUCUAUUUGUUUUUCUAACCAUAGCCACAUAAGGUAGUAUGUCCAUGAUCUGUCCAUCAAAUUGUCCAGAACUUGGACAUUACCAUAGGUUGACUUGUACUGUAUUCUAAAAAUGGUUGGUAGAAUAGUUUUAGAUCAUCCAAUCAGACUCAUCUAUAGCUGUGGAAGGAGAGCUUGUGAACAUCCAAUCAGAAAGCUUGUUACAUUGGACUGGUAUUUGCAAUAGCCACACAAUGUUGCAUCAGACUCUUGGUAUUUGCAAUAGCCACACAAAGAAAAUGGAGUCUUCAGGAAAAGAUGUGAUCAGCUGAAUAUUGAACUCAAGAUGAGUCAAAGUUGUAGAAAAGAAACAUCUGCAGCUGAAAUUGUUUGGGCCAAACUGAAGGGGACGGACACGGUUGUGAAAUGGCCUGUGAAGGUUUUCAUGAGAACAGAAACCAAUGCACUGGUUUUUGUAAAUUCAGAUCAAGCAGAACAUCCUUACCAAGAAGAAACGAUUCAAAACAUUGAAAUGUUUUCAAGAAGAUUUAACCUGGGUAAUAGGACAAGAGAAAGGACAAGAGAUAGAUCAAAUGAUGGGACAGGAGAAAGGACAAGAGAUAGAUCAAAUGAUGGGACAGGAGAAAGGACAAGAGAUAGAUCAGAUGAUGGGACAGGAGAAAGGACAAGAGAUAGAUCAAAUGAUGGGACAGGAGAUAGAUCAGAUGAUGGGACAGGAGAAAGGACAGGAGAUAGAUCAAAUGAUGGGACAGGAGAAAGGACAGGAGAUAGAUCAAAAGAUGGGACAUGAGAAAGGACAGGAGAUAGAUCAAAAGAUGGGACAGGAGAAAGCACAGGAGAUAGAUCAAAUGAUGGGACAGGAGAAAGGACAGGAGAUAGAUCAGAUGAUGGGACAGGAGAAAGGACAGGAGUUAGAUCAAAAGAUGGGACAGGAGAAAGGACAAGGGAUAGAUCAAAAGAUGGGACAGGAGAAAGCACAGGAGAUAGAUCAGAUGAUGGGACAGGAGAAAGGACAGGAGAUAGAUCAAAUGAUGGGACAGGAGAUAGAUCAAAUGAUGGGACAGGAGAAAGCACAUGAGAUAGAUCAAAUGAUGGGACAGGAGAAAGGACAGGAGAUAGAUCAAAAGAUGGGACAGGAGAAAGCACAGGAGAUAGAUCAAAUGAUGGGACAGGAGAAAGGACAGGAGAUAGAUCAGAUGAUGGGACAGGAGAAAGGACAGGAGAUAGAUCAAAUGAUGGGACAGGAGAAAGCACAGGAGAUAGAUCAAAUGAUGGGACAGGAGAUAGAUCAGAUGAUGGGACAGGAGAAAGCACAGGAGAUAGAUCAAAUGAUGGGACAGGAGAAAGGACAGGAGAUAGAUCAGAUGAUGGGACAGGAGAAAGCACAGGAGAUAGAUCAAAUGAUGGGACAGGAGAUAGAUCAGAUGAUGGGACAGGAGAAAGCACAGGAGAUAGAUCAAAUGAUGGGACAAGAGAUAGAUCAGAUGAUGGGACAGGAGAAAGCACAGGAGAUAGAUCAAAUGAUGGGACAGGAGAAAGGACAGGAGAUAGAUCAAAUGAUGGGACAGGAGAUAGAUCAGAUGAUGGGACAGGAGAAAGCACAGGAGAUAGAUCAAAUGAUGGGACAGGAGAAAGGACAGGAGUUAGAUCAAAAGAUGGGACAGGAGAAAGGACAAGGGAUAGAUCAAAAGAUGGGACAGGAGAAAGCACAGGAGAUAGAUCAGAUGAUGGGACAGGAGAAAGGACAGGAGAUAGAUCAAAUGAUGGGACAGGAGAUAGAUCAAAUGAUGGGACAGGAGAAAGCACAGGAGAUAGAUCAAAUGAUGGGACAGGAGAUAGAUCAAAAGAUGGGACAGGAGAAAGCACAAGAGAUAGAUCAAAUGAUGGGACAGGAGAAAGGACAGGAGAUAGAUCAGAUGAUGGGACAGGAGAAAGGACAGGAGAUAGAUCAAAUGAUGGGACAGGAGAAAGCACAGGAGAUAGAUCAAAUGAUGGGACAGGAGAUAGAUCAGAUGAUGGGACAGGAGAAAGCACAGGAGAUAGAUCAAAUGAUGGGACAGGAGAAAGCACAGGAGAUAGAUCAAAUGAUGGGACAGGAGAUAGAUCAGAUGAUGGGACAGGAGAAAGCACAGGAGAUAGAUCAAAUGAUGGGACAGGAGAAAGCACAGGAGAUAGAUCAAAUGAUGGGACAGGAGAUAGAUCAGAUGAUGGGACAGGAGCAAGCACAGGAGAUAGAUCAAAUGAUGGGACAGGAGAAAGGACAGGAGAUAGAUCAAAAGAUGGGACAGGAGAAAGGACAGGAGAUAGAUCAAAUGAUGGGACAGGAGAAAGGACAGGAGAUAGAUCAGAUGAUGGGACAGGAGAAAGGACAGGAGAUAGAUCAAAUGAUGGGACAGGAGAAAGGACAAGAGAUAGAUCAGAUGAUGGGACAGGAGAAAGGACAGGAGAUAGAUCAAAUGAUGGGACAGGAGAAAGGACAGGAGAUAGAUCAAAAGAUGGGACAGGAGAAAGGACAAGGGAUAGAUCAAAUGAUGGGACAGGAGAAAGGACAAGAGAUAGAUCAGAUGAUGGGACAGGAGAAAGCACAGGAGAUAGAUCAAAAGAUGGGACAGGAGAAAGGACAAGGGAUAGAUCAAAUGAUGGGACAGGAGAAAGGACAGAAGAUAGAUCAAAAGAUGGGACAGGAGAUAGAUCAGAUGAUGGGACAGAAGAUAGAUCAGAUGAUGGGACAGGAGAAAGGACAAGAGAUUGAUCAAAUGAUGGGACAGGAGAAAGGACAGGAUAUUGAUCAAAUGAUGGGACAGGAGAAAGGACAGGAUAUUGAUCAAAUGAUGGGACAGAAGAAAGGACAAGGGAUAGAUCAAAUGAUGGGACAGAAGAAAGGACAAGAGAUAGAUCAAAUGAUGGGACAGGAGAAAGGACAGGAGAUAGAUCAGAUGAUGGGACAGGAGAAAGGACAAGAGAUAGAUCAAAUGAUAGGACAGGAGAUAGAUCAAAUGAUGGGACAGGAGAAAGAUUUGUUUUAAUUAAUCAAAGUAGUUGUAAGCAAACGCUAAAUUAUGUAUGUAUGAUAUAUAUAUAUAUAAUCAUUUUUAGGGUAAUUGAUACUAUCUUGCUUUUAAGAUGUCUUGUAAUUGGAGGGACAUGACUCAGGCCAAGCUGUAGUGGAGGCCAGCAGUGCUGCUGUUCCAGAUAUUAAUAUGGAAGCAUGUGAUUCCAGUGUAUCAGACGACCCAUUCACUUUUGAUGCAUCAGAUGAGGACGCAGACUUUGAGGAAAAAGAGUUUAAAAAGGAGAGACAAAGGCCAAAGAAAAAGGUUGAAAGGUGCUCCUGGACACAAAAGGAAGUUGGAGAGUUGCAUCAAUAUUUUGACUCUUAUCUUGAAACAAAAACUGUUCCGAAUCUAAAAACAGUCAACACCCAGCUGGCAAAAAUGGCAAAAGCCAACUGUCAAUGUGCUCGAAGAGCAGACCACCUGAUAAUUAAAAAGAUUUCUGCUUUGAAUCACAAGAAAUAAGAUGUCAGACAACAAAUUUGGCGCAAAAGUGUUUUAUACAAGGGACUGCUUGUUGAAAUUAUAAUAUGGCAGUAUAUUUUCAAUAUAGUUACUUUCAGUUAGAUAGAUGAAACGUCUGUCAGGAUUUUUUUUACACACAAAAGGAAGAAACAUUUUAAAGCUUCAUUUCUAUAAUGAACUGUAAAUGUCAUUUGUAUAUACAUGUAUAUACCUGUUUUAGUAUGAUAAGUAUGCUUAAACAAGUUGACACUAAGAUUUUGAAAAGGAGACAUUUUAAACUGUCUUUGGUAAAGUUUACUAUAAUAGUUAAUAUAGGAAUUGGGUUCCAUAGCUGGGACAGUUGCAAUUCUCCUGUUCCAAAAAUGCUGGUAUUUAAUGGUUUUAUCUGUUCAAGCUUUGUCAUUGGAGUCUACUGUUUAGCCUCAGGAAGGGGUUGAAGUUUACUGAUUAUUGUAGAAUAUUUUAGGACAAAACUUGUCAUUUUCUCAAGUAUGACAAUAGACUGAUUUUGACUAAACUUAGCCAAGAUGAUUCAUGAGGGAAGUUGAUUUAACUUUAUAUGAAAGGAGGUCCUAAUUCCUUGGGUUGGGUGGAGGUUAUGAUAGAGACUCUUGCCCAAAAGAGGGAACUUUUGUUGUUCUAUGAAAAGUCUAAAUUACUCUUAUACUUGUUAUGCCAGAGUUGAUUAGUCUUCAGCAGAAAAAAUAAUCAAGGUUGUCAAACAGAACUAUAUUCCAAUGACAGGUUAGAUGAGUGAGUGUUAAGGCCCAUAGACCCUUUGUUUAUUUCAUAAUUUGUCAAUAUUUUCUGUGACAUUAUGGAUCAUAUUUGGUUGGAAUAAAACAAAACAUUUAUCAUGAUGCAAUGUCAGAUAAUAAUAGUGAAAUAUUUAUUACAAACCAUCCUACCAUAUAUCAUCAUCAUUUAAGAUCUGAGCUAAAAAUGUAAGUUUUAUAAAGUCAAAUUGAAUAUUUUUGAUGUAUUAACCAAACUUACAUGGCUGAUAUAGUAUAAAUGACUGAUGAAAAGGACACUGGCUGACAGAUUGUGUGGGUACCGAUAUACCACUAUAGAUGACCUGACCGGUUUAGUUACUAAAUUGUAACUCCUCAGAGGUGAAAAAGGUAAAGUCUGCAGCCCUAUGUAUAGGGAUUGCGGGUGGCGUAGAGUGGCGCAAGGUAGCAUAGGCUGGUGUAAGGACGAGUGGGUGGCGCUCGAUGAAUCAGGGUGGUGUUAGCCGCUCUGUACCACCUGGGGAAUGAGACUCAUGAUAUAGUGGUGAACUCCAGAGUCAAAAGAGAAAUGUCACUUGCAAGUGGUAUAUAUUGUGCAUUGCAAACAUUACAAUAAAUUAGAUGAGGGCGUAUAUGUAUAAACAGGUGGCCGUUACAGUUGAGCAGUAUCGUCUUGAAAGUACUGUGUUGAUGUCCAGUGGCCUAUAUGGUUGGCGGUUUAGUUGCACAGUCUGGUGUGUUUGCAGUGACUACCGGGGGAUUAUCUGAGGGGAAAACAGAAACAAGAAGGGAUAAGUUGUAUUGAUUCUUAAGCAUAGGGUGUGUUUAUUAUCAAUUGACAGAAUUUAGUAGGUACAAGUGUAAGUGUUUUCUUCGUAUUGUAUAGCUUAGAAUACUUAUCUUUGUCAGGUGCAGUAGGGCUGUAUUCUUUAGUUUUGUGAGUUCUCACAUUCCAUGGCUGAUAUAUCUCAGGAUACACAUGCUAGGUUUGGGAUGCUGGAUUUCACCUACAUUCCCUGCUUGGAUGAUCAUGUUUUAUAACUUACAUUCCUGGGUUUGAGGGGUUGAGGUGAGCUUUGUAAUCUUCUAUUACCAAUUUUUUGAUAACUUUCUGUAUAGAUUUGAAUAAAUGAGGCUUACAUUUUUUGCAGGCUUACUUGACAUUAUUUGUUGAAGGUGUUACUUGUAUCUUGUUGUGUUUGACGUUAAUGAUAAUUAAGGUUUACUGAACAGAAUACUGUAAAUGUACAUAUAUUUUAGUGGUAAUCUUAUUUUAGGGAUUUUUGUGCUGAAAACUUUCCACUAAAUUAUGAUUGCGCUAAUUUAAAUUUCCAUUCAUUAUUUUCUAUGGCAAGCAGCUUUUCAUUAUGUUAAUCUGUUUAGAUUUAGUUAUGUGCUAAAAUAUAUUUAUGUGCCAAAAUAAGUAUGUUUACUGUAUAGGUAAGAAAUAUUAAAGGGUUAUAAUUCUGAAAGGUGAAAAAACAUAACCUUUGUUUGACACAAACAACGAAAUUGUAUUUUGAAUAUUAUUUUCGAUUGAAAAUUCAUCAAAGCAAUAAGCGAAAAUAGUGGUGAUUCUGCAUGAAUCAUUGUGUCUUAAUAUGUUCUAAAAGUGGCAGGGUUUGAUAGAGUAAAUCUAGUAUAUAAUUUGUCAAUGCAGCUGUAUCCAGUACUUUCUGUUUUUAUUUCUGUUCCAUCGUAUGCCUAUCAGUUUUGUAUGGCAUGCUAGGAGUUACUUGUAUUAUUUUCAUGUGAUAGAAAAUUGUUAUAUUGUAUUAAACUUUAUGAAAUAAAAGUUGGACUUAA